AUGGCGGCGACGCCUCCUGCCGCCGCCCCCGCGGGCGGGGCGCACAGCGUGUUCGUGUACGGGAGCCUCAUGGCGGACGAGGUGGUCAGCGCCAUCCUCAAGCGCAUCCCGGUCUCCUCCCCGGCGCUCCUCGCCAACCACCAUAGGUUUAACGUCAAGGAUCGUAUUUAUCCAGCAAUCCUACCUGUUGAAAGCAAGAAAGUUGCUGGAAAGGUUAUCAUGGGUAUUUCUGACGCGGAACUCAUUGUCUUGGAUGCAUUUGAGGAUUUUGAGUAUGUAAGGAGAAGAGUUCAGAUAUCACUAACCAUGAUGUUGCUCAAAGAAAGUUUGGCCUUACAGGAUACUUCAGAGACAAUGCAUGCUGACACUUAUGUAUGGAGUGAUGCAGAGGAUCCAGAUCUGUAUGGUGAAUGGGAUUUCGAGGAGUGGAAGAGGGUUCACAUGAAGGAUUUCCUAACGAUGACACUCGGAUUCAUGGACGGACUCGAACGGCCCGAACCGAAGACCCGGGUCGAGACCUAUCAGUCUUUCAUGCACGAGCAUGAACAACCUGAAUCAGGAACCCAGGUCAAGAGCUGA